CAAGCAACAUAAGAGGCAAAUAUGUAUACUUAACCACUGAUGUUCACAUUACUGAAAGUCAAUAAAAACUGCGGCGCAAGCCCAUCAUUUUACUCAAUAAAACGUUGAGCAGAUGAUGAGGGUAGUCAUUUGAGAAGAAGAAGCAUAAAAGAUGAUGAACAUUUCAGGGAAAGAGAAGGUGGUGUGUGUAACAGGAGCAUCUGGGUACAUAGCUUCAUGGCUCGUUAAACUCUUGCUGCAACAAGGUUACACUGUCCAUGCCACUGUUCGAGACCUAAAUGAUCCAGAAAAAGUGGAGCAUUUGAAGAGAUUAGAGGGAGCAAAGGAGAGGCUUCAUCUCUUUAAAGCGGAUUUGUUGGAGGAAGGCUCUUUUGAUUCGGCUAUUUCUGGGUGUCACGGUGUCUUUCAUACUGCUUCUCCUGUCAAUUUCGACGUCAAAGAUCCCCAGGUUGAAGUAAUUGAUCCAGCAGUAAAGGGAACACUGAAUGUUCUGAAUGCCUGUAAAAGAGCUGAUACUGUAAGAAGAGUAGUUCUCACAUCUUCAAUGGCAGCAGUUCUAUUCACUGGUAUAACUCUAGCACCAGAUGUUUUGGUUGAUGAAACUUGGUUUUCUAAACCAGAGUUUUGCAACUAUUACCCUAACAUGAUGUGGUAUCUAACAUCCAAAACUUUGGCUGAAGAGGCUGCAUGGAAGUUUGCCAAAGAGCAUGGUCUUGACCUAGUCUCAAUGAACCCAGGCAUGGUAAUUGGUCCUAUGCUGCCGCUGAAGCUCAACGAAACCGUAUCUCUUAUUUUCACCUUGAUCAAUGGGGAACAAACAUAUCCAAACGUCGCACUACCGUGGGUGCACAUCCAAAAUGUUGCGGAAGCUCACAUUCGUGCAUUUGAACUUCCUUCGGCUAACGGGAGCUCUUCAGAAUUCAGAACUCAGAAUCCAGAAAGAAAGAUGAGUGGACACGGGAUGAUCGUGUGUGUAACUGGAGCUUCUGGGUACAUUGCUUCAUGGCUUGUAAAACUCUUGCUCCACCAUGGCUACACUGUCCAUGCAACUGUUCGUGACCCAAAUGGUCAGACAGAAAUUGAGCAUUUGUUGGGGUUAGAGGGAGCAAAGGAACGACUUCACCUUUUCAAAGCAGAUUUGAUGGAUGAGGGUUCCUUUGAUUCUGCUAUUUCUGGCUGUCAUGGUGUUUUUCAUACUGCUUCUCCUGUUAUUUUCACUGUCAAAGAUCCCCAGGCUGAUGUGCUUGACCCUGCAAUCAAGGGAACACUUAACGUUCUCACGUCCUGUAAAAAGUUCCCUUCUGUCAGAAGAGUGGUUUUAACAUCUUCAAUGGCUGCGGUUUUAUACAAUGGAAAACCUCGAGCUCCUGAGGUUGUUGUCGAUGAAAGUUGGUUUUCUGAUCCAGAGUUGUGCACGGAAUCACCUAUGAUGUGGUAUACUAGAUCUAAAAUCUUGGCUGAAGAUGCUGCCUGGAAAUUUGUCAAAGAGAAUGGUAUCGACAUGAUCACGAUAAACCCAGGCAUGGUAAUAGGUCCCAUGUUGCAACCAAGACUAAAUACAUCUGUAGCUCCAAUUCUGAACUUAAUUAAUGGGUCAGAAACUUAUCCAAAUGCAACCUUUGGUUGGGUCCAUGUUAAGGAUGUUGCAACUGCACAUAUCUUAGCAUUUGAGGUUCCUGCAGCUUCUGGGAGGUACAUUUUGGUCGAAAAUGUUGUUCCUUGUUUCGAAAUUGUGGGGAUUUUACAAGAACUUUAUCCUUCACUUAAACUCCCGGAUAAGUGUGCAGACGACAAGCCUUUAGCACCAACAUAUCAGGUUUCCAAAGAGAAAACGAAAAGUUUGGGCAUCAACUAUAUUCCCUUUAAAGUAAGCCUCAAAGAGACGGUCGAAAACUUGAAGGAGAAGGGCUUUGUCAGCUUUGAGGGCUAAAUACUGUUUUACUGGACCGUGUAAAUUAUUAUUGAUAAAUGAUCAGAAUCUUAAGAGAUGGAGAUAUGUCUUAUUCUGUGCCUAUAUUGUUUAACAGUGAUAAAUUCAUCUGAACUACUGUCUUGAAUUUAUUCACCGUAUCGAAAUCAGCAUCAUACUUGUCUGUUCUUGCA